GGGUUGGGAUGACCCGUUUCCGUUUCCUAAUGAUAAUUCAUUAAUACUAUCACUUUGACUUUUAGAAAUACCCUUUGUAGUUCAUUCAAGUAAAUAGAAUAUUUUGCCAUCAUAUUCUAUAAUUUAUUGAAAGUUACAUCUCUAUGUAAAAGUGAGGUUUAUUCGGAAAUAAUUUCUCCAUAGCGUGACUUUUCAGCUUUAGAUUUUUGAAACCGAAUGGCGGAAAAAACAAACUUCUUUGCCGUAUGAGGGCCCAGAAAUUAAUUACAUUUGCCACAAAAAAGAGAUGCCGAAAAGAGGCAGCAGAAAGCGUUUUGUGAAUCCCUUCAAUACACAAUAUGGAUGGAGAACUGGUAUUGACACAACAGCGGGAAAGAGUAUUCGGAGAGAUGCUGAUGGAUUCGAGGACUUCAGGGAUUACUUAUCAGAAUCAGAGGCUGAGACAACGUCAGAAUUGUCCAGACUUGAAGAUGCCUACAAGAUGAAGGAGAAUAGACAGGGUCACCUUCACAGGUCAAAGGUCACAGUGAAGGGUCCCAGCCUUUCCCAGCCCUGUGCCCACUCCACAGCUUACUCUUCUAUGUGUAGCCAGACGUCGCGUGGAAGGACCCUGUCACAGAUACCCGGGGAUACCCUGGGGAUCUCCUCCAUUACCAACAGCCAGGUUUCAGACAACAAUGCGCUUGGCUGGCUGUGGAACAGAAACAUUGGCAGACGGACAGGGCGAGACGUGACGGAAGGAAAGGUCAUCCGAGUGGAUGAGAAAGGAUAUGAGAUAUUUGAAGAUUUUCUCUCUGAAUCUGAGCCAGACAGUUUAAGCAGCUCUGGUAUGGCCAGCCGUCUGUCUAGAACUAGUGUCAAUUUCACAAGAGAACCUUCAAAACUGACUGAAGAUCAUACAGAUUAUGGUGACGAGUCCACUGAUGCUGAGGAAUCAAAUUCAGUUGAAGUAUCAAGGAGCCAGUUAGCAGGAGAAAUCAUCUUAAAGGAUGAGAAUACACAGACAGAAGACACACCCACCUACACCCACGCUCAGUCCACAGACAGGCCCACCUACACCCACACUCAGUCCACAGACAGGCCCACCUACACCCACACUCAGUCCACAGACACGCCCACCUACACCCACACUCAAUCCACAGACACGCCCGCCUACACCCACACUCGGUCCACAGACACGUCCACCUACACCCACACUCGGUCCACAGACACGCCCGCCUACACCCACACUCAGUCCACAGACACGCCCGCCUACACCCACACUCAAUCCACAGACACGCCCGUCUGCACCCACACUCAAUCCACAGACACGCCCGCCUACACCCACACUCAGCCCACAGUGGCCGACAGUGGUAAUGUUACAGUGGAGGAAAGGACACCAAGGGCAGAUAAAUCAGCGCAUACAGACGCCUCUGUGCAGGAAACUGAACAGUCUUGCAAUGAGACCCCGACACAGUCGCAGGAUAGAUCCAACAGUAGGGUAUCAACUCAGAAAGUUAACUCACAGUCACGUGGGAAAAUGUCCAGGGGGAAACUGACACCAGUGAAUAACUUACAAACAGAGGAGGAAUUCAACAGGGAAACACAAACACAGAAUACGCUGGAUUGUUCCGGUCCAGGCGACGAGGUAACCAAGGCCUCUCACAUGGAUAUUGGUGGCAACAAGACGGGGUCAAUCACGAAGACAGAGGACCUCUCCAAUAGUGUGGUGCCAAGCUUUAGGACCCGCAAACGAAUUUCAUUUUUGGCAGCAGAGUUAGAAGCCACCCGCCGAGCAUCAAAAGAACAGUUUGUUGAGAAAGCAGAGGAAUUAAAUACAGUGAAAGGCACAGAGAAUAAAAUGAAAAAUAACAUAGCUGAAGUUCAAGACAGUGAUACUGAGAGCAUUGAGAUAAUAGCCAUGGAUGAUCAAGAGAUUGGACAGAAAUCGAAUCCCAGGAAAAGUUAUCAGAGAAAAAGCAUGCCUGCUGCAAUAAAAUGCACACAGUCAAAACCGCAGGAGAAGUCUGCCAAGGCUAAAGGUCAAGGGCAAAGAAGAGGUAAACAUGGGAAAUCCUUAACUCCCUUCGUUCCAGCAGAGAUGUCCCAGUAUGAUUCCCACGAAAAGCAGAUGUCCAGGAAAAGUCGGAGUAUGUGUGGGGAGAGGCCAGAACAUCAAAACUCACCAGAGACAAGCUCGCAGUUAUCAGGCAAUAAGUUGGGAGACUAUCAUCGUCCAGAGCAACAAGAUGGCGAUGACACUGCAUCCAGUUUUAUUCAGGAGUUUUUGUUCUUCACGAGGCAGAGGACGGAGCAGAACCACAAGUCGGUAAACCGUAAGACACAAGAAACAAUUAGGAACAAAUCGUCCCAGAGGAAGUUAUCAAAGGAUACGAAGAUCAGUAUAGACGAUUCAAUAGAUCCAAAUGAUGAGAUUGAGAAAUGGAAGAAAGGAAAGCCUAAAGUGGGCGGUAAAAGAAAGAAAAAAUCGGAGAUUAGUGAGGAGAAAGAGAUAUAUGUAGAAGUAACUGGAGAACCACAGUCGCAUUCUCCAGCAAAGCAAUCAAAAGGAAACAAGUCCUCACACAAGACUUCUAGGGAGAGGAAAAUGUCUUCUGAAGGCAGCCAGAAGUCUCAUCAUCUCAGAAGCAAAAACAAGAAAGAAAAUUGUGAAUUACCACUCGCUGAUGUGAAUACAUGUGAUGAUGAAGUUCUAAGUGAGAUAGAGGCCUCUGAGUUAGUGAUCGAGGGUGAGGAGGUCACAGACAGUCCAAAGCCUGCGGGAAAGAGGAAGUCAAGUGUCACAAAAGAAAGCAUUAAAAAAGUGUCAAAGAAGUCCAGGAAAUCCCGAAGUGUCACAGCUCAGCAUUCGUUAGAAGACUCUAGGACUGUAGACAAUGAACAAACCGAUCUACAACAAGUGGAUAAUUUCUCAGAAGACGAAAGAGAUCCAGUUUUUAAAAAUGAUAAAACUACAACAAGAGGAAGCAUGGUUACAGAUCAAAGUGGUGCGUGUGAAUCAACUUCAGAAGCUGUGCAGGGAACUCCAAAAGGUAGGAGAAAAAGCCGGACACAGCAAAAGUCGAGAAAAUCAUCCACUGGGGUAUCCCAUGUUUCAGAAGAGCAAGAGAAAACUGAAAUGGUGAAGCCAAGGCAAAAUGCUUCAGCUCAUACUAGUAGGUUUAUCAAUAGUUUUUUGUCAGAAGACCAUGAAAGGCAAGAAGUGGAUACAGGUACUAAAGACAAGGCUUCUAAAUCUAAGAGUACUAACAAGACAAGAAAAUCCAAAAGUAAGAAUGACUCAAUGCAAAGGAAAAUUGAUAGUGCACAAAAGUGUAGCAAGUUUCAAAACAAAACGUUUACAGGUACAUCUGAAGGAAAGUCAGCGAAAGAAGACAGGUGUGGAUUGGUUGGUGGUAGAAUGGGAAGGAAAUCCACUAGGAGUCUCCACUCAGAUGUCAUCGGCAGUAUUGAGAAACUACAGGGAACUACAACAGGGCUGGAAAAACCCGAGGAUUUCACAAGUAGUGUUGAGAAGGAUGCUGAUCCUAAUGACCUGUAUACCGAAAAAGAAAAAGUAACCUCAACAAGAAGUAAGAGAAAAAGGCAGAAGAGGAGUUUCCAGCAGGAGGAGGUAAAAAAGAGAGAUCGAUCAAUAAGAAGCACGAAAAGGAAAGAAAGUGAAGAGAACGGCGUUGUUAAUUCUAACCUGGAGGAAGAAGAUGCUGAAGGGAUCCAGGGCCAAACUGACAUUGUGAGUGAGCAUGCUGGGUCUAAUACAAACAAAAGUGAAAAUUUAUCAGCAAGGAACAGCAGACGACAAAGGAGGCUUAAAAGCUUAGAUUUACGUGAAGUUCCAAACGAGAUGAACAAGAGAAGGGGGGACAACUCUGUGAGAUCAGUGAGAAGUAAAAGUUUAGGAGGUCGUAAUGUUGGGGAGGGACUGGAAGCUGAGGCUGAUGAUGCAGAGAUUGAGGAGGAAGAUGUAAACAAUGGUACCAUCAAAGACGCUCCUGGAAAGACAUGUGACCAAGAUGAAGACCAGCAGGAUGAUGUCAGCAGAACAGAAAACCAUUGUCUGACUCCUGUGUCCCUGUACCAGGGGGAUGAAGACCUGCUCAAAAGUGGUGUCUCAUUCCGGCACAGAAACAGACAGUCUAUCAAGAAUUCUACCAUGAAUUAUACCUCAUCUGGCAGAAGUCCUGUACCCUUGACGAAGCACAUGAACCUUAUGAAUUCAUCCGCUCCAGGAUUGACACCAAUUCUAAAACAACCGGGAUCAGCAAAGCUUGGAAAGCGACGACGGGUAACCAUUAAUCAUCUGGUGCAGGAACAGACCUACCAAGUCCGUAAUGCAUCAGGAGAAAACCAGAAUCUUUCAACAAAUGCUGGUUCCCUGACCUCAUUUUCUAUGAAUGCCACACCAAUCCAUAUCUUCCAGACGACUACCAGUGAAUCUCCUGUACCCCAAGUUUUAAUGCCACCACAGCCCAAAAUUUUCCUUCCAGAAGAUGGCCCUGACGGAUUACGGAGGUCAAGACGAGUUCGGUGUCAGCCUGUGGCCUGGUAUAAAGGGGAACGACUGGUCUAUGAACGAAGGAAAUCAGGUUUGGGCAUCAAGAAAGUAGAGCCAUCUCAUGUAGAAAUGCUGAUGCUGGCUCAGGAAGCAAAACGAAAGAGAAACCUUAUGAAGAGGCGGAACAGAAUCCGUAAAGGGACUAAAGUUACCCCAUCCCCACGCAGGAAUUUGUCCGUGCACACCACACUGGAUCCAGAUUUACAAGACACUAGCGAUGAGGAAGUUCCUGUCUUAGACCCAAGCAUUAAUGAGGAAGUGUUAAUGGAAUGCUUCAGUUCUAAGGAUUCAGAGGUGUUUGUGGGACCAUCCAAACAUGAACCACUUUCCUCCGACCCCUACGUCAUGUCUCUUCGACUAAACCAAAGACAGUUUAUGUUGGGCAAUCUUUCUCUGAGGCCCCUCAAAUCAAAACCAAAACAGAUCGUCAAUGAGGGAACCAUGGCGUUCUGCUUACUGAAAGGAAAAAUAUCAGUCACUAUACACAGAUCUAAAAUGAUAGCAGAGGCUGGAGAUAUGUUUUUUAUUCCUCAAGGAAACACCUACAGUAUGGACAACUUGCGAAAAGAGGAGGCCAGGUUGUCAUUUUCCUGCUUCAAGUUCACCGACGUUGAUCACAAUGCUGUCAUUGAUUGAGAUGGUGUACAGGGAACCUGAUUCUGUCAGACGUUUCAUCACCAUUUGUUGACCAGUUUUGUAGUGUCAGUGUUGUUGUUUAGAAGUUCUCUUUCAGCAGGCUGUUUAAGAAGUGUCAAACAUUCUGGUGACCCAGUGAAAAUCUACCACCAGGUCACUAAAUUAUAGUAUUGUCAUUCAUCACUGUUGAAAUUAUGUCAUUUGAAAUGUUGUGUAUGGUCUAUGAAUGAAUGCAGAGGUGAUGAAAUUUGAUAUAAUUUUUAUCUGCAGUUCAGAUUAUUACUAUAUAUUUUAUGAUUCUGUACAGUAAUGUUAUGAGAUAUGUCAUAUUUUGAUAUAUUCAUCGCUUGCAUUUAUUUUGUUGAAAUGAAACUCCAAUGUAAUAGAAUUUAUGAGAGUUUACAUUAUAUUUUAAAUUGAACACAUUCUUUAGUCUUAGCAUUAAAGAUUUAAAAAAUCAGACCAUUAAUUUCCAUUUGAUUGUCACCGAUAUACAUGUAUGGCUGAAAUAUUGCCUAAUCAACAGAAAUAAACCACAGUCAUUGUAAUUCAUUUGAAUGAGUUCAGAGAUUCAAGGCUGCAAACUACGUGUAUAAUUUUGCAAUUUUCCCAGUUUUGUCAGUGAACAUGAAACUGUGGUAUUCUCGAUGUUCUGUUUUAUUAAAUCCCAAAUCAUAAUUUUUAACAAAUAUGCUGUUUUAUUAGUCAUUCUUUUGUUGUGACUCUUGGUCCAAGUAAAGCAGUGCAUCAGUGAAAUGCAACCUGUGUUUUUAGACAUUUUGUGUGUGUUAUGCUUUUAAAACAACUCUGAUUCUACUUGUUGAUGUCAGUAAAUCUGUAUUUUACAUGUAUAUAUGUUUUACAAGCAAAAUAAAUAUUUAGAGGCU